AUGUCACACUUCGGUAUUGACCUUUUUGCAAGGGAGAAUCCACCACCAGGAAUGGGAUACCACUCCGCUUCAGAGAACUACCGCAUCCACGGCAUUGGCCCUCAACCGGCAAAUCUUACUGACAAGCCAGGGUGUAACACCGUGAAAUCAAAGAAGGUUUUUCCAAUAACCUUCGAGAUAGGAUCUUUAAGCCUAAAGGAUUUUUGCAGCCUUGUUGCCACCGAGGCAAACAAGAUUAGGGACAAUACUGGUGCACUCAUCAACAACGCGGUUGCCUCUGGAUCUCCCCACAUUGACUGGCAGGUUUCAUUGGCUCUCAAGUUGGCACCGGAAUUCAAAAAGGUCCUCAAUUAUACUGUAAACAACAAACAAACCUAUGAUCAUUGGAUUAAUACUAUGAAGGAUCUCAACACGGAUCACACUCACGCCGGUCUCUCCAUCCAGAUGGACAAUCCGACUGCAGUAGCAAAAGAAGCUAAGGUGGCUGUUGAUAUCAAAGCCCAUGUUUUAACUCAACGCGCGGCCCAGGAAGCUGGGACUUCGUUGGCAACUGGUGAUCAACGUGUACACAAGGCCGCGGAUUUCAAGGCAAUCAAUGUUUUGACGGAUAAGAUUUACUCCUUACACCCACCAAACAUCAAGUACCAUGAUAGGAUCCCGGUCUUCAUCCAUCCGACAGAAUCUAGCCAGUACAUCCCCUUGACUGGAAAGAAUGUUCAAAUUUGGGCGAAUGCCAUUAUGGCAUCAGAGGCUGGAGUUUCUCUCCAUUCACCCCCACUGGCGCUGAAGUUCAAAAAACUGUCAGCUUACAAGAAGAGAAAGCUAUCUCACCCUGUCGACAAUUCUGGUCCUCCACCAUACCAACGUUCAUCCCCCGCCGAGGAAUCGGACAACUCCUCCGUAGCAGAACCAGAUGAAAACCUAAUGGAAAAGUACAUUGACUUUGUCAAAGUCAAACCAAAUAAGAAAGAGGAAGUCCUCAGAAUCCUCACUGAGAAAGAUGUUACCAAUCCAAAGUUCUUUCAAUCGGACAGCAUCACUCGAGAGGAUAUGAGCCAUUGGGGCUUAACCCCUGGCAUCAUUGCACAAUUGAGAGACAACACGAAGAAAUUUGAGAAGCGUCCGGCUCCUCAAUAG